UGAUGAAGAAGCCAGACGCCCUCUGCCUGGUGUGUGGGGACAAGGCGUCAGGGAAGCACUACGGUGUUCAGAGCUGUGAUGGCUGUCGCGGCUUCUUUAAACGCAGCAUCCGGCGAAACCUUGACUACGUCUGCAAAGAAAACGGAAACUGCGUGGUGGAUGUUGCGCGGCGGAAUCAGUGCCAGGCUUGUCGAUUUCGAAAGUGUCUUGAUGUAAAAAUGAACAGAGAUGCUGUGCAGCAUGAACGUGCUCCGAGGUGUUACCAGUAUAAGCACGACAGUUCCGAUGACGUCAGAUUAGCAGACGACAAACACAUGUACACCCCAUUUGGCGAAUACAUGGACAGAUCAAGGUUUGAAUACAACCAAUAUUCUGGGUACAGUCCCCCUGUUGCCAUGGCGCCAGAACUCGGGUAUGCCGCCUCGCCAAUGUUUUCGCACCUUCACUUACAAAUGGCCGACCAGAGACGUAAUAGCUUGCUAGCAAACAGUAUGACGUCAGCAGGCCUGACUAGCAUCCACUUUCCUCCGACCAUUCCAAACGGCGUUGGCAGCCACAACUGUAGUAGCUUGAGCGACAGCGUCAAAUCAAACAGCCAGACGUCGUCGAGCAUCAACGACAGUUUGAGUAGCAGCAUCGCCAGUAAUACGGACAGUGACGGCGAGGUCAAGAGGUCAGGGUCAAAGGGGAAGGACAUGCCGUCGCCAUCAUCCAGCAAGGGUCGCUCGCCAAGUCCCACUCGAAAGAAAAGUGAGGGGUGUUUAAAAGAAUCUCCAUUACUGCGACUGGAAGGAAUGCGUCAUCCAGUAGCCAUGUCGACUCCGACGUCGUCGUCACUUCACACGUUCCCAGUAUCAAUACCGUCAAAACCGAACCCCAAAAGUGGUAGUGGACAGUUCCAGCACCUGCCUCACCCUCAGAUGUUCCACUUAGUCAACUCGUCCAACGAUCACAGCACCUUGUUCAAUGGAGUCACUGAAAAUAUUUACGAAACAGCGGCUAGGUUGUUGUUUAUGUCGGUGAAAUGGGCGCGAAACAUCCCAUCAUUCCUUCAGCUUCCGUUCCGAGACCAGGCUAUUCUAUUGGAGGAAUCUUGGUGCGAAUUAUUCGUGUUAAGUGCUGCCCAGUGGUCGCUACCCAUUGACGCAGCAUCCUUACUUGGGGCGGGAGCAUUUUCACCCGAUGCCCACAACAGCGAGAAGGGAUCGAUGGUUGUCUUACAGAUCCGGGCACUUCAAGACAUAAUUUCCAGGUUUAACGUUCUCAGGGUGGACGCCACGGAAUUCGCCUGUCUCAAGGCGAUGGUGCUCUUCAAAUCAGAAACUCGUGGUUUGCGGGAUUCCCUCCAGGUGGAGACACUGCAGGACCAGGCUCAGCUCAUGAUGAACGAGUACACCUUCACUCAACAUCCGGCUAGCAAGAUGCGCUUCGGCAAGUUACUACUCCUCCUUCCGGCCUUGAGAACAAUCAGUGCGCGCACAAUCGAAGAUGUAUUCUUCCGCCGUACAAUAGGAAGUAUUCCCAUUGAGAGACUGCUGUGCGAUAUGUUCAAGUCGAGCUAGCCUUCGUUCAGUUUUGGUUUUGUUAGUUGAAGGAAUAGAAUGGGCUUAUUAAAAUGUGCGUCAGUAAUUGACGACGACUUUCUUGUUGAAAUAAUGAAAGACCCUACACGUUUAUGGUGUUACUAUAAACUGACGUGGAUGUUCGCUUCUGUUUAAUGUUGUUUUAGAAAUGGUGCUAUGGAUAGUUGUAAUUAGGUUGUGAACUCUUACUUAUCA